AUGGUGACCACCCAGAUCCCAUCCAAGAACUCAGCUUUCAAACCUUACAACAAACCGCCAACCAUAGAGAAUGAGUCAUCAGUUGAGUUAUCAAAUGCAAAGGGUUCAUCAGGAGAGUCGGCAAUUCAGAAAUCUGAGAUGAUCACAAUAGAUUGUGGGUCCUACGGCUCAAAUCUUCAAGAUUCAAUCCAACUGCCUUCAUGCGGAAGUCCUAGUCAGAUGAAUCGGGUGAAGCUGGUGGGGAGGCCAAGCGAAGGGGAAGGAAUGAAUGUUAAUGUUGUUGAAUCCAAGAAGAGAAACUCCUUAGGCAAUCUUAAGAUUGGGGAUAGAGAGAAUGACAAUGAAACAAGGGAGAAAACCAGGAAUUUGGAGAAUGAGAAGAACAAGAAGCAGGUGACCGUGAACGCGGAGAAAAAUGGCAAUAACAUAGCAAUCAAAGCUUCAUCAAGCACUGCUUUAUUAUCAUCAUCCUCAAAACUCUAUCCAUCUAGUGCUAAAACUUGGAACCAAAUGAGUAGUCUCAUCCCUUUAAGCACAAUCUCCAGUGACACAAUUGCACAGAGGCGAAAAGAAUUUAUGUUUGAGAAAAUGUUGUUCCAAAACGACAUGAAUGAUCUUAAUAGGCUUUUUAUCCCAAGAAAUUUUGCAGAGACAUACUUCCCUUGCCUGAAGAUUGCUGAAGGUAAGUACAACAAGGAGACCCUCGUGUUCUUCGAUCAUGAGAACAUUGCAUGGGAUAUGAGAUUUGAGUUUUGGGAAUUUAGCCAGAGUUAUGUGCUUACUGGGGGAUGGAGGGCAUUUGUCAACCAAUACCAACUGCGACCCAACUUUGUAGUUCAUUUCUACCAACUUAAUCAAUAUAUGGAUAGGAAGCACUAUGGCAUCCGGUAUACCAUCCGGGUGCCGAUUAAGACUAUCAGAUUGUUUGGCCAAAAUUGUCAUUGCUUGUGCUUUGAUGGGGUCAAUGACCACAAUUCAAUCAAUGUCAGUGAUGGCAACGGAAACCACAAUGACAAUGGCAGUAGUAGCAGUGGCGAUUGUGGCCAGAAUAAGAUUAUUGGGCAAGGGGAGGCAGAAGAGGCAGCCAAGAAAGAAGGCACAAGUCUUUGAUCCUUCUUGCAAGUCUCCUCAUUCAUCUUGAAAAUUAAGGUAACUUCAGUUAUGAAGGCCCAAGGGAAGUGCCUAAGCUAGAUACAAUCUAUCGAACAAUGAUUUUUUUUUUUUUUUUUUUUAGUGAGUUAAGGUUUACAUGUUUGAGUUUGAGAUUGAGAGUUCAGUCUUUGAUUGUUUGAUUUGAGUGAAUGGUUUUUUUCUGUAAGAGGGUGGGUGUGGAUAGACCCACCUUCUAGAGAAACAUGUGGAUCAAGGGUUGGACAAUUUCUGGUUUAAUUAAAAGCCUAUGAUUUGUA